CUUCAGUUUCAUCGUGUCAUCACAAACAAUAGCUGUAGAGUUAGAUGGAGGAUGAAGACAGCAGAGAGCAAAAGAAACAGUUGAACUUUUGCAAAGCUGAGGAGAUUUUGGCUGCGAUCACAUCAAGUCCAAAGAUGUUUAAACUUCUUUUUCACAGAAAGAAAUCACACAAACAAAACGUGGCAGAGAAGGAAAUUCCUUCUACGUCUCAUCAGAGCAUCCCGGAUGCUCCUGUUACUGAAAAUGGUCAAAAGAAGAGAAAAUGGAGACACCUCUGCUGUUCCUCGCAAACUGACAGCGAUGCAGAGGCAGAGAGCAACACUGUGAAGACACAAAAAAAGUGUCGCUGGUUUCUUUUUAAAUUCUGGAAGAAAUUACACAAACAAAACGUGGCAGAGAAGGAAAUUCCUUCUACGUCUCAUCAGAGCAUCCCGGAUGCUUCUGUUGCUGCCACACCAGCUAACCCUGAAAAUGGCCAAAAGAAGAGAAAAUGGAGACACAUCUUCUGCUGUUCCUCGCAAACUGACAGCGAUGCAGAGGCAGAGAGCAACACUGUGAAGACACAAAAAAGGUCUCGCUGCUCUCUUUUUAAAUCCGGGAAGGUAAGAAGCACCACGGAAACGAUCCCAGCAGACCUGAGUUGGGACACUUGGAUUAUGGAGCUUCUGGACCAAGAGAGUGGAUGGGAGCAUGUGUUUAACAGUGUAGCAUGCGGUGGAGAAAUAAUAGAAAGUCAAACUGGGACUAUAGACUGCUUCGGGUUUCCAAACAUCGGAAACACCUGCUAUAUGAACUCCUGCCUGCAGAGCCUCCUCAACAUUGAGGAGUUCAUAAGAGACAUCAGGCGUCAGGAGGUUUUGUGGAGCACAGAUCCAGAAGCUCAGCUCUUAAGAAGGCUCAUUGAUGUCAGGGACUGUCAUGAGUCAACAGAUUAUGGCCUUAAAGAUCACCACCUAAGAGCUUUUAAGAAGGCAUUCAGCAGUCAAGCUCCUGAAUACACCGGCAGUGCACAGAAAGACGCUCAUGAAUUCCUAACAUUGUUCCUCAAUGAGGUCAAAAGGCUCGCACCUCACCUGGAGAGGAACGCAGCUCUCCUGGGCCAAAGUUAUACCUGCCCAGUAGAAGAGCAUCACAUUUUUAAAAUGGAAAACAUGAGGACAUGCAAGAGCUGUGGUCACCAAUCAUCACAGCACGAGGACUUCACCAGCUUGUCUCUUGACCUUGUUCCAGAGGGGUCUAUUAUAAACAUGUUAGAGACAUACUUGAAGGAACAAGAAAUAGAAUUUCGCUGUGAUUGUGGAGGGACGGCCUCAGAACUGAAGUCGUCUUUUGAUACACUGCCAAGAGUCCUGAUCUUGCAUCUGAAGAGGUUUGGCUUUACACAAACCUACAAGAUUAAGAAGGUGGAUGACCCCGUCAGGCUGCAGAGGGACUUGGUGGUGCCAUCCAAUCAGGGUGGUGGCUGUUAUAGUCUUGUCAGCAUCAUCAGUCAUUAUGGAGGCACAGAGUCAGGACACUACAUCUGUAGUUCUGUCCAUCCUGAGGAGAGUCAGCACUCUACAUCAGAUCGCUGGCUCACCUAUAAUGACGCACAGGUGCUCCACACAACCGGAUCGGCAGCUUGUGAGGAACAGCAGCACUCGGCCUACAUGCUGUUUUACAAGAGAAACUUCUGAAACAGGAAAUGGAAGGAAGGUCAUCAUCAUGCUGAGAAGAAACAACACUCGUCCCAGCCCACCAUCGCACACUGGAGGACAAGUACUGGUAAGUAUUGCCCUCAGGAGGGAGGGUCCUCCCAGAGAGCCUGGUCCUCCCAAGAUUUCUUCCUCCAGGAGGGAGUUUUUUCUUGCCACCGUCGCCCCACAUUCACUGGUCUCAUCAGCAGGGACAUUUUUAACAUCCUAA